AUGAUAGCGACGGAGUUGGAUAUCCCAAAUGCAGCACCAAUACUAACUUCUUUGUCUGCGUUAGUCGCUCCAAACUGUCCUAUUGCGCUGGAUUCGCCAGAAGGACAAGCCUACGCCGACUCGUUGUUUGCACAUCUCAAAGCGUUGAACCGGGAAGCCCAUGCAGUCGUCCAACGAUCCAAGCAGUUGACGGCUUCGUCUCGAGCUCUGAUGGACGAGAGGUUGCUCAAGCUACAAAAUCUUUUGUACGAGAAGCGGCAUCUGGAAAAGGAGAUUGAAAAAUGUCAAGAAUACGGGUCAAUCUACCAGGACGUUUCCCUGCAUACGCCCGAAGAGUUUAUGACACUCGCUCCAUCGUCCUCGACGUUACCAGAAAUAGUAAAUGACGAGCAUCAACUCUUCCUUGCGAGACUGCAGUUUGAACUGGACGAGCGAAAGAGAUUAGAAGAAAUGAGGAUGCGAAUGGUCAAGGAGCGGGAUGAAUUGCUUGCGCAAGGCCAGGCUAAGCAAGCAAAGGAGGAGGAUUGGGACAGACGCACAGAGACGCUCGCCAAGCUCCUCGUCGAACUCCGCCGCUCGCUCGACUAG